AUGUCGCGUCCGCGCCAUGCCGACGACAUCCUCAACAUCAACGUCGGCGGCAAAAAAAGUACACGGUUUGUUCUUUUUUUUCUUUGAAUUGGAUGAGAAAAAAAUUCUUUAUGAACUUUGUGAGGAAAUUCCCCAAAAACCCAAAAAUUCUUUUGAUAAUCAAAAUAAAGAAACUUUCGAUUCAACUUUUUAAAACGCUGUUCAAACUUUUUAAAUAGGAGCUUGUCAGGACAUCUUGAUGAAAUUAUUGCUUUGCUGGACAAAUAUCUAUUUUUUUAUCGGAUCAUGAAUGAAAAAAAUUCCGAAAAAAAGCAAAUUCACACAAAAUUGAAAAAUUCCACAAGUUUUCUUUUGAUACUAUUUGAAAAAGAUUUUUGAGACUUUUUAUUCAAAUUUGAAAAAUAUUUCAAUGGAAAGAUCCUUGCUCGAUAUUUAUACCGUGAGAACUUGAGAUCCAACUCAAAAAGGAAGAUCAUUCCACUAGAAUUUUCAGAACAUUAGAAAAUUCUCGAAGGUGUUUGAUUCUGAUGAAUUGACUACAAACUGCAUCAAAAAUGACCAUUUCACUUUUUUCAAGGACUGAUUUCUCAGAUAAAAUCUAAUGUUCAAAAAAAUUUUUCGGUGGAAGUUAGGAGAAAUUUUUCAGGAAAUACAGAAAAAAAUCUCAUUCUUUAUUUUUUUAUUGUUUUAUUUUUGAGAUUUUAUAGGACGGUUGUUACUUUAACUUUGGAAAAUUUACGAAAAAAAUAACGAAAAAGAGAAUUUAAUUCCCUACAUAGAUAUGACUUCAUUCCGCAUCAUCUUGACUCACUUUCUACGCAAUAACUAAUGCUCUUACAGGUGCGAAGAACUGAUAUGCUGGCCGACCCGCGUUCGAAACUUGCCGAGUGGUUCAAACCCGGAACUCUGAAGCCUAUCGCUACAGAUAAGGUGUUAUCCAGAUUAUUUAUGAGAAUAAUGACGAAUUGAAUUUUUAAGCUUCUUAGAACUUAAUAACAGGUCAAUAAUGUGUUGCGAAACAAAUUUCAUAGAAAACAAAGUGAUAUUGUGCUCGACAUUUCUAACUGUUUUCUUUAAUUUCAGGAAUUUUCAGAAAGAACGAAUUUAUCGGUUCUUGAAAGACAGGGUAAAAAACCAUUCUCUAAUUGAAGAAUUUACCUCGGUCGGGCAUUUUCAAAAGAAAGCCUGAGUUUUCAAGACAAAUUGUCAGAAAUGUCCUUUUUUCAGCUACAAAAUCAUAUUAUACUUGACCAGAAAGAUCCUAUUACUCUUUUUAAUAAAAUAGUAAAAAAACUUUGCUUCAAAAUGGAGCAAGUUUGAGCAUUUUGGCGUGCCUUGUCCGUGGAGCGCAUUUGCUUGUCGGUCGUACCUGAUGUUUACCCGCAUUAUCAUAUCACUCCUUAUUUAUAUAUUUUUUUCCGAAACUUCUCUGAACUCAUCAGAAGUGAAACUUCAGGGUGGCAACUACUACUUGGACCGCGAUGCCAAGACUUUCCGCCACAUUCUUGCCUACUUGAGACUGAAGAAGGAGAAAUUCGUGCCAUCUUUGGCUUUGCCAAGCAAACCAGACGACCUUGCAAAGUAGGUCGUUCAAUGUAAAAGCCAUUAUUUGCAGAAGAAGACCAAUGAUAAAUAGGCUAUCUUUCUUAUCAGCUUUCUUCCAUUUCAUAAACAAUAACCGGAAACGAACGUCUUUGAAAACCCGCAGUAAAUGCAUUUCCGGCGUUGUUAUCUCUGUACUAAAUAUGAUUGAAUUAUCUUUUAUCACGAAAUAUGAUUCCAUACGAAAUUAGUCACGCACUAAAAAGUGUACUUUUGCAGCAAAAAGAUCAGGGAAACUCUUUACAACUUCAGGUUAGUUGGAGAGUGCGAGGCCUUGAACUUGGCGGAAUUGAAAGAAUUGGCAUUGGACCUGCUGCAAAAGUACCAAAGAACCGAAGAACAACAUUUCGUGACGUCCUAUGUCCAAGUGACCCUUCGCGACUUCGAGAGCUACCAGUUCGAAAGAGAACAGGUUUUUCAAUCAUUCCUUUUUUAGAAGUUUAUUGUCGAAAUUCAGAACCAAAUCGCCCUGAAGAAAAAGCCCAUGGUGGAUGAGGAUCUUCAGCCGAACUCUGCCUACGACGAAUGGGACAACUUGUGA